GGUAAACGGUGGUACAAGUUGUAAUCGUUGACUACUCUCAUCUGCUAACGGAGCUCUUUAAUACAAGAAUCAGCACGAAGUAGUGAAAUGCUGAGUUAAAACUAUUCAGUUAUCGUUUGAUGUAAUUCUCAAAAAAUGGCUUUUGCCUUGCCUAGGUUACUGCGUCAAUUACAAAUCUGUACAAGGCGGGGUAUUUCUUCGCAGAGUUAUACAGUUGAAUCCCGUUCCCACGCCUUCACAGAUUCACCAGCGCAGUAUUUUAGUAAACAAAAUGACAAAGCUCUAUCGUCAAAUCCGAUCGUUACGUUUAGUCCAUGGAGUAUAAAUGUAGAUUCCAAUUUUCCAUGCAGCAGUGGUGGCAUUGCAAAGAUAAUAAGGUGUCCACUAAUAACUAAUCUUCAGAUUAUUGAGCCACCGAAGGGAUCUAAAGUGGAUCAUGUUGAAGAUUUUCCAACAAAUGUCAUUGAACUCCCAGCAACCGAUGGACAAAUAAUAGAAAAACAUGCUGUCAGAAUGAUAGUCAUAAGAAAACGGAAAAUGAAAACACACAAGCUGAAAAAAUUUAGGAAGAGGGUGAAAUAUGAAUGGGCCAAGAGAAGGCAGAAACGAGAGUUGAUUAAGGAAAAAGCUUUCCAAGCCGAACUACUUGCCAAAAUUCGAGAGGCAGAACAGUUUGAUGCAGAAAAGUAUGUUGCUGAAAAAAUCCGUCAAGCAACUGAAGUUCCCUUACCACUGUACUGGAAGGGAAAACGCCUUCCUGCAUACAUUAUAAGACAAAAAUUGGGGCUUGACCCAACGCCCAAAAAACCGUGGUGAUUUUACAAAUGUCCCUAAAGAUAUAAUUAGAGAAAAUAAAUGAUUACAAAAAAAUUUGUGCUUUCACGUCCUCCUGUAAUUUUUGAAAUGUCCACAGUAGGUUGUCAGAAUGUUCUCCAACUUUUGUCGACCCAGUGCAAUACAAAUUUUUUUAUUUCGUUUCUUUUUCGUUUGUUUUUUCCUUAAUGAUACAGAGUAGUAAAGACAAUUAAGAUAUGUAGUUUGCUUGAACUACAUUAAUCCAUUCGCGUCUUGAGUGUUCUUGUUGUAACUUUGUCCUUCUCACUGAAAAUAAAGCGAUGAAAUUAUAAGCUA